UCUACUAGAACUCGGCACAGGCAUAUUGUUGGGCAGCUACGGGUCCUUCUUCCUUUUCCUCGUCCCUGAGCGAGCCGACGCCAAGAUGAAUGACACUGUCACUGUCAGGACCAGAAAGUUUAUGACAAACCGGCUGCUUCAGAGGAAGCAAAUGGUUUGUGAUGUCCUGCAUCCAGGCAGAGCAACAGUCCCAAAGACUGAGAUCAGGGAAAAACUAGCAAAAAUGUACAAAACCACCCCAGAUGUGGUGUUCGUCUUCGGCUUCAAAACUCAGUUUGGCGGUGGCAAGACGACAGGGUUUGCCAUGGUUUACGACUCGCUGGACUACGCCAAGAAAAAUGAGCCCAAAUACAGGCUGCAGAGGCAUGGUCUGUAUGAAAGGAAAAAGACAUCCAGAAAACAGCGCAAGGAACGCAAGAACAGAAUGAAGAAAGUUAGGGGAAUCAAGAAAGCCUCUGUUGGUGCUUCUGGAAAGAAGAAGUGAGAGAAAUGAGGUUUCAGGAGAAGGUAGAGAGGAAAUCGGCAUGGUGUGCUGAUGUGAUCCACUUUUACCGUUUACUAAAAGAAGUGCUUUGCAUGUUAAACCCCAAUGCUUUGCCCUACUUGCAGAUAUUUGCAAAGAAACUUGUAUUUCUAACUUGGAUGAAAUAUCAGCUUUCUUGUGUAGAACUUCUAUUGUUCCAUUUAAUAUUCCAUUAUAAACCAGUAUUAAUUUUUAGCAUGCUGUGUGGUUAGCAUUCACUUGUUUGAGAUGAACUGGCCACUAUACUGCUUGUCUCCAAUAGUCACAGUCCCCACUGGAAUAUUCAGAACAGUCGGUUCCUUACCCUGUUAAGUUUAUUGAAGUGAGCGUUUGAGAUAUAAAAUAAAGUUGUGUAGGUAGAUGCGUAGGUGUGUGUAAUAGUUCUCCUGUAGUUUCAUAUGCUGUGAUGUGUAAUGUAAUUCUCACAAAUUCUCCUUUGUUUGCUCUUACAGUAAGACCUUCAGGGAAGACCAUCAUCCUGAAAAUGUUCUUGUACGUCGUCAACGAAUAAAUUCUUUAAAAAAUGGAUAAA